AUGGACCUAUCUCUGCAUAAUCUGGGCCAUACAGCGACAGAGGCAGAGCGCCGUGCAUGGUGGAGUGCUCCUCAGCCAUGGCCGUUGCUCCUGGAGUCGGAAGAAUCGAUCAUAUCUGUCUCGAGCACUUUGAAUGACUGUCUUGUGAACCCUCCGAAUAAUGCCCUGCCAUCCGACCUAUCUGAAAAUAUCAUGCAACUCGAUUCGCAUUUAUCAAUGCUGCUCAAAAGGUCGGCUCCUCCACCACAGCCCACGUCCAAGACAGGGCCUGAUGCCAUGGCCGCACGGUCUAUGCGCCUGAUUUCAAGUCUACUGAUUCACUCGUAA